ACUUCACUCCCUCCCCCUCUCGGCUUGUUCUAGCAGCAGUCCCGCAGAGCAGAAGUAUCAGCAUGGCGCUCGGUGAGGCUGGAGUUCCGUUGUCUCUCUUGUAUUGUGUUUCUCAUGUCAGGUUUUACUCCACUAUCUGAUAGAGGUCUGCGAUUCCUGCGCGGUGUGCGCCUCUAAACAAAACCUGUCUGGGUAAAAACGGCAGCAUUUUCCUGCUGGAUACUCACAGAGAAGUGGUUUGUAGAUAUCUGAGAAGGCUUGCUAACUAGCAAGGAGGCAAAAAAAAAAAAAUUACGGGAGAUACAGAGCAACAAGAGGAGGAGUCCUGUUCUGGAAGAGCUGAUGCAGGUGCCAUGGCAAUAGCCGAGGCAUGGGAGUGACGUGACAGUACUUGAUGUGCUUCCAAACAAAAACCUUAUCAGCAUCAUGUUUUUCUGCUGAAUUAGAGGCAGAACACACAGAGAAUGGACGAGUCCGUGUUGUUGGAUUUGCUCGAGUGCCCCGUUUGUCUCGAGCGGCUAGAUGCCUCGGCAAAGGUUCUUCCUUGUCAGCACACCUUCUGCCGGCGUUGCCUCCAAGGUAUCCUUGGCUCACGCGGGGAGUUGCGCUGCCCAGAGUGCCGGACGUUGGUGGAUUGUGCCGUGGAUGAACUUCCCAGCAACAUCCUACUUGUGCGGCUCUUGGAUGGAAUCAAGCAGAGGCCACGGAGGGUUGGUCCUGGGGCGGCAGUCUGCACAAAUGGUACAUCUGGAGCCAUGGCCAGGGCACAUGGAAGUGGAUCUCGGGACCAGGGCACCCCGGGAGCACAACCCCAGCGAGCUCAGGCUAAGAGCACCCUCGUCCGGGGCGUACCCCAGCUCCCGUGUGCCAAGGCGCUCUACAACUACGAUGGCAAGGAACAAGGAGACCUCAAAUUCAGCAAGGGUGACAUUAUCAUCCUGCGUCGACAAGUGGAUGAGAACUGGUACCACGGUGAGAUGGGUGGAGUCCACGGCUUUUUCCCCACCAACUUUGUCCAAGUUAUUAAGCCGCUGCCACAGCCGCCACCUCAGUGCAAAGCUCUCUAUGACUUUGAGCUCAAAGAUAAAGAGGCCGACAAGGAUUGUCUGCCCUUCUCAAAGGACGAUAUCCUGACUGUGAUCCGCAGAGUAGAUGAAAACUGGGCCGAGGGAAUGCUGGGAGAUAAAAUUGGAAUUUUCCCCAUCUCGUAUGUUGAGUUCAAUUCGGCAGCUCGGCAGCUUAUAGAGUUGGACAAGCCGUCCGACUCCAGUGGAGACUCUGGGGAAGGGGCCUCCUCAGGGCCUCAGACAAAUGGUGCCCACCGGGUAGGGGAGAAGAAGAACAGCAAGAAACGACAUUCUUUCACCUCUCUCACCAUGUCGCACAAACCCAUGCUAGCACCUCCCCCCCAGCGCCACUCCAUGGAGAUUAGCGGUCCGGUCCUCAUCAGCUCCAGCAACCCCACGGCAGCAGCUCGAAUCGGAGAGAUCAGCGGGGGCCUCUCCUGCAGCGCACCUUCACAGGUACAUAUUUGCACAACUGGCCUAAUUGUGACCCCGCCUCCUAGCAGUCCUGUUACUACAGCAACCGUCUUCACAUUUCCCUCAGAGACGAGCUACACAUCCAUCCCUGUGGAUGCUCUCCCACCACCCCCACCGCCUCCCCCCCAGUCCUCCGUCGGUGGAGCUGCAUAUUCGCUGGCUGCCGGACAGAGACCCUCCCCCAGCAUAAGCGACCAAAGUGGGAGACAAAGACCCACAGUCUAUGUGGCAAUGUUUCCCUACACUCCUCGAAAGGAGGAUGAACUGGAGCUGAGGAAAGGAGAGAUGUUUCUGGUGCUGGAACGCUGUCAGGAUGGCUGGUUCAAGGGCACGUCCAUGCACACGGGCAAGAUUGGAGUGUUUCCUGGGAACUACAUGAGCCCCGUCAGCAGGACAGCGUCUGGGAGCUCUCAGCCCAAAGUGCCCUUGAGUCUGUGCACUCAGGCAGGCAGAGGUGUCACCAUCGUCAGCCCUUCUUCUGCUCCCCUUGGAGCCAUUGUUUCAGGGCCUGAUUUUAACAAACCGCUGACUGUAUGCCCCGCCGUUGCACCUGCCAACUCCCAGCCUGCAGCGGUGGUCACCACAGCUCAAACAGCCACAGGCCAACAGCCAAAAGUCUCACUGCACGUCACCUCCCAGAUGACCGUGAAUCAGGCUCGCAACGCGGUCAGGACAGCUGCAUGUCACAGUCAGGACAGGCCCACAGCAGCAGUGACACCAAUACAGUCUGCAACACCCGUGACGUAUCUCCCACACCUCGCAGUGUGCUCGCAGCCCGGGUCAAGCCCUGCACAAGGCUGCACUCGAGUAGGGGUGGCAAUGGGCUGCGCAGCUGCCUCCUUGACCCCACCCAAUGUCAGCGCUGCAUCUUUGGAUAGUGACGCUUUGAGACCUGUACCUGUCCUCGCUGUGCCUGUCAACCCUGGGAGCAACUCCGCUCUCAAUCCCACAUCUAACAAUGCAGCUCCUGCCUGCAGACUGGAUAAAGACAUCAAGAGAGAAAAGAAAAGUCUUCUGAAGCUGUUGUCCUCCAAUAAGAAGAAGUCUCGCCCUUCGCCCCCCUCCUCUCCUACCCUUGAGGCUGAGCAGGCCGCUGCUGCUGGAGAGCUGCUACAUGGCGCUGUGGGCCUUGACACCUCCCCUCCCUCUGGCCCAGCGAGCUGCCUGGACUCUGAACCUGCUGCUGCUUCUGCCUCGUCAUCCUCCUCCUCCUCAGUCCCAGAGUCCUCCCAUCGGAAGAGCAGUCCCCUUGAUGGAUGUGUUCCUAUCGCUCCUCCUCCCCGCCAGCCCUGCUCCUCUCUUUUAUCUCAACAGCAUGACGCACGUCCCAUCAUAUGUGAGAGGUACAGGGUGGUUGUAUCAUAUCCUCCCCAGAGCGAAGCAGAGCUGGAACUUAAGGAGGGCGACAUUGUGUUUGUUCACAGGAAGAGGGAAGAUGGCUGGUUCAAAGGCACGCUGCAGAGGAAUGGCAGGACGGGACUGUUCCCUGGCAGCUUUGUAGACAUCAUUUAAUACACGCACGUAUACACACAAACACACAGUGAUCCAUCUGACUGCUGCUAGCCUCGUUAAGGUGUCACUGCUCCCAAGGUUGCUUGGACAGGUCAACCACGAUGACACUUCAAGUCUUGAAAUAGACCACUCGAGAGUGCUGCAGAGAAAAAUCAAUGAAAGCACAUUGGACAGAGUUAGAGGAGAGCACACACUAUUCAUGAACUUUUCUUUACUUUUUUUUUGUUGGUUAUUUAUAUCUUUGUAACAAUUCAACUGUUAAAUGUGUGCCUUGUACUGUUCCUCACUUUAUUGUACAUAAGGACACAAAUAUGAUUAGUCCUAAAACAUCCAAUAUGAACUGUUUAUCCGUAUGUUACACAUUUUAACUUAUUUCAUAGAUCAACCUUUUUGUAGUGCCACAUGUUAAGGGGUUAAGUAAAGCACACGCCUUAUUUUAAUACAUCAGAUUUGCUUUUCUCUAUAUGACUGCUGUUCAGACUGUCAGAAGGCAGUUGUACUAGGUGGAACAGAUCAGAACAAAUUGUGCUGCAGAGUAGAAAAUAAGAUACUUCUCCUCCUCCGAAGGCAUUAUUGAAUCCGGGGGAUCCUAACAGAGAUCUGCUGUAUUGCACAUUUGAGUACUCCGCUUUGACAAAUUAUUUCUGUGUGCCAUUCACAGGCAUCUAGUUUUUUCUCGCAGUGUGGUUGCAGUGUAAAGGGCUGAUACUGCAUUGAUCAAACAUUUGCAUGUGAUUAGCAAAGCCAUCCGCAGGAGACAAAGUGCUGCGGGACUGUUUGGCUCUGCCGUUUUUAAUAUGCGAAAAACACACUCCAAAAUGGACUCAAAUGAUGCUUACUUUGUACCUUCUUUAUAUUUACUGACCAGAGUAGCUGCUCUCCUAACCUCCCUCGGCAGUAGCCAAACCUGGACAGAGCGCUCCAUCACGGGAGCGACAUAACAUUUCAGUAACAGUGCACGGCCGAUUCCUUUCAGUGUGUAUUUAUUUUAUGUUAGCUACACAUUUCAGAGACGCUGACACCUGCUGCUCGUAGAGAGAGUGUCAUAUAACUAAUCGGACACAGUCGCCCCUCAACGGGCUCCGUUUGUGAACACGAACUCAUUCCUAAUGUGACUUGUGGCAAUAAGAAACACUGCUAGCUAAAGCACAGAAUGUUUGCCUAAAGUAGCAUGUUGUAUCACUCCACAGGAAGAGGUGCAUUCAAUCUGUUGAAUCCAAUCACAAGUUUUUAUUGAAAUCAAUCACAUUGAGCCCUUGAUUUUUCUCCCCCCCUGUUUUUCAUGGUUAAGCGAUUCAAAGUUUGUUUCUUGUUUUUCUGUUAAUUGUUGUACUGACUUGAAUUACUAUAAGAUUUCUUAGUGAUUGGAGGGGAUUUGGCUGUAGGUUCGGUGCUUGUUGAACUGAAAAUGAAUUAGCAAUUUUAGAAUACUUUUUAAAAAAAUGAAAGUGUAAUCUUCAUAAAAGAUCAUUCUUCUUUGCCUUGAA